AUGGUAGUGGGGUCCAGGCUCCACCAAGGUCUGGACAUUGAGUGUGCGGACGGCUCAGUUGUCUACGCUCCGUUUGACGUCACUCUCAAUGGGAAGCUCAUCGUCUACACCGACCCUGCCAAGUCGGCCAUCAAUGAAGGCAUCAACCUGCAGGGAGAAGGUCUGUGCUUCAAGCUCUUCUACGUGAGGCCGGAUCACACUUCCGGAACUGUGAGCAAGGGCCAGCGUCUUGGCAUCAUGCUGCCCAUGCAGAACGUGUACCCUGGGAUCACCUCACACGUGCACGUACAGAUGUGCGACAAGAGUGACCCCACAGGGUACUUCUGA